GCCAGACGAACCAACUUUUUCAAGACCUUCGUCGGCAAUAUCCCGAUCUGGUAGAGGUUUGGUAUGCGCAGGACAUUUUCCCAGAGAUUCUACCGCAGAGAACGAGCUGGGGAACUUGCGAGGGCGAGCCCUGUCGGACGCUUAUUGUGCGCAUCGCCAACAAGCGACUGCUUACGGACUCCGUGCCAGAGGUCUUCUUCAGUGGAGCCCUACAUGGAGACGAAAGGAUUGGGCCCGCAACAGUGAACGAGCUGGCCAAAUUCCUUUGCGAGCAGUAUGCUGCGAACCAUUCGGAGGUUGUUCGACUGGUCGAUGGCCGAGCCACGUGGCUCAUGCCAAUGACAAAUGCGCAUGGUUACGCGAAUUACAGACGGGAGGAGAACAGUAUGGAUCCGAAUCGGGACUUCCCCUACUUACAAAGGUCAGAUAGGUGCAUGCAGACGCAGACAGCUCGGGCUGUCAACGAACUCUUUCGUCGACAUCUCUUCCAGUUCAGCAUCACCUUCCAUGGCGGCAUGCGGGCCCUCACCUAUGAGUGGGGUUCACGAAACCACCUCGCGAGGAUGAAAUCCACAGAGUCCCCGGACGAGGCUGCCUUUACUCAGGUCGGUCAGUCAAUCCAAGCUGCUGCUGGAAAAACGGCUAGAAGCAGAUGGUUCUACCCGCUGGGCCGCAUCAACGACCUGGUUUAUCCUGUCGAUGGAGGAAUGGAAGACUGGUCCUACGCUGCUGGAUUCGAGAACUCGCCCAGUCCCAUUACUGUUUGCAAGCCCAACACUUACGGCGGUUACCCUCAGGACCGCACCAGGUAUCGCAAGGGCAGCAUCAGCACCUUGAUUUACUUAGCGGAGAUGGAUGAUCGAAAGACAGCGCAAGAGGCAACUCUUGGAAGAACUGCUGAGAUCUGGUCCGUCGAAAAGUCUCAGGGUCACAUCCCACGCAAUCUGCGCAUGUGCUUGAAGCUGAUUGAGAUGGCGCGUCCCGAAAUCGUGGUACAGCGAGUAAUGACGCGAGCUAACCCGGGUCCGGGAUCAGACAUAUCCGUCGAGGUCGCUGGCUUUGGCUGUGAGCAGGUGACAGCCAGGCUUUUGAUGGCAUCAAGCAGCGACCUGCCGAACUGUGAUGUCGGUGCGGAUGAUGGAGCUGCUCUAGAGGACACUGCUUUUCAAAAAGUCGUGGCGUCCAAGCAGAUUGCCACGGCAAACUACAAAUGCCAAGGGUUGACCCUUUGGGGAUCCAGGCGCGCCGCCUUUGUCCUCGAAGGCAAACUUCCUGCAGAUGCCAGUGGCGAGGUUUGCUUACUCAUUGCCGCUGAGUUUGACAGCCAAUGGGGGCAUCAGGUCCAUCCAGACCCCUCGGUGAAUCCUCGCUCACAUGCAGCGCGCCUCCGCCUGGAGGAGCAAUACCACGCCCAGGCGAGUGACGGACCCAACAUCAUCAGAGCGCGCCGCACCAAGCUCUUUGCAGCUUCAAAGACCUCGCUGCUGGUAAGCGCAAGUACACAGGUUACGCCGGUGAUGCCGGAGCUGAAGGGAUCUGCAACAACAAGCACUGCGCCGCCAUCGUUUGAGAUAGCGGCCUCUGCCACGCACACGCUCCAGGAGGACGCAAACGUCAACGCAAAUUCGCGUGCGGAGACUUCGAAGCCGCCAAGUCUACGACAGCCCAAGCAGCCAGCUUUAGAAACGGAGCAAUCGCUGACCGUGCCUCUCUACGCAAUCGUUUCCAUCUCGUUUCUCUCGGCUAUUUCUUCGGGCUUGAUCGGUUUAGCAAGUAUGCGCUCAGGGGCGUCACAAGGCAAGGCCAACAUACAAGAUGCUGUGCAUGAGGCUGAGCUUGCAAAGAUGGUGGGCCAAAGCCAGCCUGCUGAAUGA